GGGUCUGGCUGAGAAGGACCAACGAGCGCAGAACGUGGUCCUGGAUCCCGUGGCUUUUCUGCAAGGGGGCAGUGCAUCCACGCCGGGGGCUAAGUGCCACUUGAAUAUUGUUCCCUCCCACAAGCGUGUAGGGCGGUCUGGAGCGCGCGUCGGUCCGCUGAGGUGAGCCCCCCGCCCCCAAAUCUCCUCCGCUCCUCCCCAGAAGAAGAACGCUGCUCUCUGCCGCUCGGUCUCGGGUACAGAAGCAUGAUGUCUGUCGUCUCCACUGUGGAGAGCGUCCCCAGAGUAACGGGCACCCCCGCGCCGAGUCUCUACCAGCGGACAAGGAGACUCCUCACCAGGGACCUGCUGGUGACCCUCGCUCUGGGUCAGGUCCUGUCCCUGUUAAUCUGUGCAAUCAGUCUGACCAGCAAAUACCUGGCUGAGGACUUCCACGCCAACACGCCGGUGUUCCAGAGCUUUCUCAACUACAUCCUGCUGUUUCUGGUUUACACCACCACACUGGCGGUCAGGCAAGGGGAUGGGAACCUGCUGGCCAUCCUGAAGCAGCGCUGGUGGAAAUACAUGAUUCUGGGUUUGAUAGACAUCGAGGCCAACUAUCUGGUGCUCAAGGCUUACCAGUACACCACACUCUCCAGUGUACAGCUGUUGGACUGUUUUGGCAUCCCAGUGGUCCUGCUGCUGUCCUGGUUCUUUCUUUUAGUGAGGUACAAGACUGUCCACUUUGUCGGGGUGGGACUGUGUCUGCUGGGUGUCGGCUGCAUGGUGGGAGCUGACAUACUGCUCGGUCGACAGCAAGGUCUCGCAGGAGAGCAGAAGCUGUUUGGGGACCUCUUGGUCGUGGGUGGAGCGACCCUCUACGGGAUUUCCAACGUCUGUCAGGAGUUUAUCGUGAAGAACCUGAGUCGUGUGGAGUUCCUUGGCAUGAUGGGACUAUUUGGAUCCUUCUUCAGUGGCAUCCAGCUGGCCAUCAUGGAGCACAAAGAGCUGCUGAAGGUACCCUGGGACUGGCAGAUAGGUCUUCUGUAUAUCUGUUUCAGUGCCUUCAUGUUCUGCCUGUAUAGCUUCAUGCCAGUGGUGUUAAAGAGAACAAGCGCCACCUCAGUCAAUCUCUCUCUGCUCACAGCGGACAUGUAUAGCUUCUUCUGUGGCCUCUUCCUCUUUCACUACAAGUUUUCUGGCCUCUAUUUGUUGUCCUUCUUCGUUGUCAUCUUGGGCCUGGUCCUUUACGCCACCACGUCCACCUACGUAGCUCAGGACCCCCGCGUUUACAAGCAUUUCAGGAACACCGGCUGCCAGCCGGCCACUGACCGGCCUUCGCUCGGAGUCCCGGAGCCCUCCGUCACCUACAGCAGCCUGGGUCCCGAAGCAGGCGACGACCUUCCCGUACACGUAGUCUAAGACCUGGCAAGGAAUUUAAUCUGUCAGGCUGGUGAAUUGUCAGGCGAGAUGUAGCCUCCAGUUUCUGCCCAAGCUGUAUAGAGAAGAAAUGUGGCGGCCGUACCUGGUCUCCUGAGCAGGGCAGCCAGAUAAUUACCCAGGUAGGUCCUGCUUAUUAUUUAAUGGCCGUUAUUGAGGAACAAAGUCUCCACCUGCUCAGAGACCAAGGUAAGACUCCCUAACACAUAAUGUUGUAAAAACAAAUAACCAAGUGAGUGAAACUGUUGAGGUCAAAGGUCAAAGACCGUGAGGAGGCAUCCUUCAUGUAAAUAGAUGGUAUCUUAUUUUUUACCGUAUUUGAUCUAUCUUUUUUACAUCUGUAAAGAAUGUUUGUGCUUCACUCGUCUAUAAAACUGUAUUCAUUUAAUUUGACAUGUUCUAUGAAUCUACUGUGUUCAUAAAUCUAACUUCAAUAUGAGUUCAGUAGAUAAUAUGCCGAUCUGAGUCAGUUAGUACUUAAAUAGCAGGGAAUCAAGUAUGAAUGGCGGACCAUCCUUGUAUCACUCAAAGCUACGCUGAUAUCUAAAUAUUCUUCAUCAUGUAAUGAAUGCAGGCUGUUACAAACAUAUUUAUACCUAUCAUAUUUAAGUUUGACAACGUUUACACUGAAAAAAGUAUUCUGUAGUAUGUAUACCAGUAGACAGCAUUUAGAGCAUCUUGAGAAAAUGAAUCCUUCAACUGAUGAGAAAUGUAAAUAUUUGAAGAGUAGUCUUGUCUGGUGGGGGAGGUGGGUGCUUGCGUAUUAAUUCUUUAUUUAUUUUUUUGCAUUCAGUUAUCUGGAUAUACACUGAGGCGUUUAUGCACAAUUUGGAAAUCUAACAAUCCAAUUUGUGAAUGGAAAUACACCCACCGGCUCUAAAAGUAAUAUAUUACCAGCAAUAUUUCCAUAGACAGUAUUACAUGGCUCACAGAUGGAACACCCUUGCUGAUUAAAUUCAACUCUCAUAGUAAAAUGAUUGAACUACUGGGCAACUCUAUUAAACUCAACCUUUCUGGUAAACUCUAGUCUUCAAAAGUCCAUUUGCAUUGCAGACUUUUUGGUCUCCUAAACAUAGAUAACGCUGAUGAUCACUAUGAUGUUGUAUGAUGUCAGCCUGGACAACGCUCCAUCUGAGCCACAAAAGACAUAAAACAAUAAGUAAGCUGAAUCUAACUAAUGACCAUUAGCACACACGGCUGUGUUACUGGUUUUGGCUUUAAUUUGAUGCAGUGAUCAGUAACAGAAUGGAGGUGUGAUACGCUGACGUCGUAUUAGACCAUAAUCCUUUGAAAACUGCUGUUUGCUAGGUAAAAUAAAAAAUAAAACAGGAGAUGUUUAGUUAUGUCAUCCUUGUUUUUUCCAUUUCACUGUGGUCCGGCCAAUCGGAAAUCACUACUGUAAACUGAACUAUGUUUUCCACAUUUUCAGAUAUAUUAACAUGAGUGUCGUGGCCUUAGUGUUGAUUUGUAUGAGACAAAUUUAUGAGAUGCCCUACAGCUCAAAUCCAACUGAAUGGUUCCUUUCCUCUUUAAAAGAAAAGUGUACUCCAGGUUGAGGAGCAUUAUUUGACCCCUAUUUAAAUCCUAAUUGUGUUUGAAACCUAAAAGCAAUAUAAGUUCUUGUCGAUUUACAGGAGAGACUUAACAGGGUUAUUGAACUGUUCACUUGGUUUGGUUUACUUAUUUAUUCACUUUAUGACUGUUCUGCUGUCUGGAUUCUUUAUGAGGGACUUUUUUGAUGCUCCUGUUUCAACUGCCUUUUGUAUCCUGUUUGAUGUAAUGCAUCGGGCUUACUGUGUAUAUGCUUACAUAGAUGUUCCUUAUUGUAAAAUAAAGCUUCUUUGUCAGAACACCCAGUCCCACCCGCUUUGUGAGCAGUGUCCAAUUUUAAAAAGUUUUGAGUUUUCCAAUCGCAAGAGGAUGAACCAUUUAAUGUCAAAAUAUUGAGUUUGAAGAUUGUGUCGAAAGAAACUUGCUUUACAUCCAAGUAUUGAAAAUCUGAUAACCUCUGGAAAUAAUUAUGAAAGACAGUGAGAGAUAUAUAGAUAAACAAAAGUUGAUUUAAAAAAAGGUCAUAAACAAAUACAUAUCAUACAUUUAUUUCUACAUUUACACAUGUAUUUAUGCGUGUGUCUGGAUGCUAACGAGGUGGGCGGUCCUAACCUCUGUCUAAAGCAGGAUUGGUCAGAGGAGUGUGAUUGCUCCUGGGGUACUACUUCUGUCUUGAAGUUCGCUCCUCGGUAGAAGCUGUUAGCAUUUGGCUACAUGGUGUUUUCAAACCAUUUCAAAUCGUUAGCAAACGAUUUAGAAAAGCGCGUUAAGAAAGAGACGCUUCAGUUUCUGCUGGAUGAAGUGAUAGAGGACUUGUCUCAGCCCAAUGAAGACAUGGAUGUGGAACCAGAGGAGCGACCGAUGGACGUCCAUCGUAUAUUUUAUUCUCCUUUGGGGCAACAUGGCGCAGCAGCAGUACAGAAUAAGGUAAUAAGGUCAAGUGUUUUAUUUACCAUCUUUUAAAAGUAGCUGUAUAUCGUUUUGCAAAUGUACAUAAUGUUUACUGAUCGUAACUUUUAUGAACUUUUUACAUGGAAUAAACUCUUCAGUAUAUCAGAUAAUUUGCAACCCCAUUACUUGAUAAAAUGAAGUUGAAUGUGGUCCGAUUUUACACAUUUUUAGUUAAGCACCAUCAUCAGUUUGACCCUGAUGAUGGUGCAGUCAGAAACAUAAAUUAAAAGUGAAAUAUUUUAACAUGUUAAUGACAUGUAAAAAGAUAUGACAGAUGUAUUUAGGCAGCAGGUUCAAGUUAAAGCUCCAGUUAUAUUUCAUUCAUUUCUAUAGCACAUAGCUGGGUUCAGACUAACACUAUAAAAUAAUCUCAAUGUUCAGGAAUCAGGAAACGUUUAUUGCCAUCAUAUGUUGGACAUGGAAUUUGACUUGGCGGUUGGUGCAUGACUGAAGACAGUACAAUAAUGACAAUGUAGUGCAGCAAUAAGAUAAAAAUAAAAUAAAAGAAUAAUAAAAUAUAUGCUAUGGGUUAGUAAAUUGAAAAAGAUACAAUUAAAAAUAAAGAUAAAGUGCACCAGCUAAACAGAAAGUGACAAGUGACAAAGUGUAUGUACAGUGAGAUUCAGUCAGGGGGGGCCCGGGCUCUGUUGAUGAGCCUGACUGCCGAAGGGAAGAAACGGUUAGUGUGGCUUGAGGUCUUAGUCCUGAUGGACCUCAGCCUCCUGCCGGAUGGAAGGGGCACAAUCAGGUUCUGUCCGGGGUGAGAGGGGUCAGCUACAAUCUUUCAGGCCCGCUUCAAAGACCUGGAAGCGAACAAGUCCUGGAGAGGUGGCAGAUUGCAGCCGAUCACCCUCUCUGCAGAGCGGAUGACACGCUGCAACCUGCCCUUGUCCUUGGCUGUGGCUGCAGCGUACCACACGGUGAUGGAGCAGAGGAUGGACUUGAUGAUGGCCUUGUAGAAGUGCACCAUCAUCGUCUUUGGCAGGUUGAAUUUCUUCAGCUGCCUCAGGAAGAACAUCCUCUGCUAGGCCUUUUUCGUGAUGGAGCUGAUUUUCAUCUCCCACUUGAGGUCCUGGGGGAUGAUGGAGAACAGGAAACGGAAGGAAUCAACAGUGGUGAUUGGGGAAUCGCACAGGGUGAGGGGGGUAAGUGGGGCUGCGUUCUUCCUAAAGUCCACAACCAUCUCCACUGACUUUAGCGCGUUGAGCACUAGGUUGUUCUGGCUGCACCACGACACAAGGUGGUCAGACCCCCACCUGUUGGCGGACUCAUCCCCACCAGAGAUCAGUCCAAUGAGGGUGGUGUCAUCCGCAAACUUCAGGAGCUUGACGGACUGGUGACUGGAGGUGCAUCUGUUGAUGUACAGGGAGGAGAGCAGAGGGGAAAGAACGCAGCCUUGGGGGGAACCGGUGCUGAUGGUCCGGCAGGCAGAGACAUGUUUCCCCAGCUUCACGUGCUGCUUCCUGUCGGACAGGAAGUCAGUGAUCCACUUGCAGGUGGAGUCGGGCACGUGCAGCUUGGAGAGUUUGUCCUGCAGUAGAGACGGGAUGAUGGUGUUGAAGGCAGAGCUGAUGUCCACAAACAGGAUCCUGGCGUAGGUUCCUGGGAAGUCCAGAUGCUGGAGGACGAAGUGGAGGGCCAUGUUGAGACCUGUUGGCUCUGUAGGCGAACUGCAGGGGGUCCAGGAGGGCGUCGGUGAGGGUGUUCAGGUGGGACAGGACAAGCCGUUCAAAGGACUUCAUGACUACAGAGGUCAGGGCGACGGCCUGUCGUCAUUCAGUCCUGUGAUCCUUGGCUUCAUGGGAACAGGGAUGAUGGUGGAGGCCUUGAAGCAGGCUGGAACAUCACCAAGGAGGUGUUGAAGAUGGCGGUGAACACAGGAGACAGCUGGUCAGCACAAUGCUUCAGGGUGUGGGACGAGAGAGUCCGGACCGGUAGUUAAACUACUGUUUACAACAGAUCAAUGUUGACUUGUGAUCAACAUGUGGUUUUUGUACUGAGUCAUGUCACAUCGCUUUUGUUGACUCUUCUGACUUUUGUCUUGUCGUUUUUGAUGACCGGAGUCCACGACCUAUAAACUCCAUUAGAAGACAAAGAUUUGGAUGAAACUGGGACUCAAAUUCUGCAGAAACAUCCCAACACUGGAUACCAAAUGGAGGAACACCUUCAGGUUAUCCAGGAUGCCUGGACCUGCUACGACUACGUACCGAGGGAAACCAGUCCACCCCACAAGUGUGGAGUCUCCAUGAACACAAGGCACAGCAGGACUCAGUACAGGUCCACAUGGAGGUUUGAGUUAACUGUACCGUGUGGUCAUCGUCAGCCUGGUGUUCUGGUCCCUGUCAUUCGGUUGCAACGCUGAAGGCCCCCUUUCCAAUGUGUUGGAUGUCUUUGUACAAACUGAAUGCUUAAUAUCAGAUGUGCUCCAGUAAAUGCCUGUGUCACCAGCUGCAUGAUGCAGGGGAAGUUAAAUAAAUGCUUUUAUUAAGAAUA